CAUUGAGGAGAACCUGAUUUAUACAGUGACCAACCUAUUUUCUGCUGAAACUGACACCACAGCUACAACCUUGAGGUGGGGUUUGCUGCUCAUGGCCAAGUAUCCACAAAUUCAGGGUGUCGUAUUUUAACUUUGGAUGUAUUGUCAUCGGUCCCCAGUUAACUUCAGACAGGAAGGCUUGGACAUUUCGACACUGGUAUUAAAGAGAGGGAAGCUGUUAACCAUUAUGGGCCUGAUCUACUAAGAUCAUCAGAUGUCCAUCAAUCCCCACAGCGCUCCAGAAAUCAGAUUAGACCAGAAAAUACCUCUGUGUGUCCCCAAUGGUGUCCCAAUUGUUAGGACAUUGUUUGGAAGUUGCUGCAGCAACAAAGAAAUGAGACUGAUGGAUUACAGGCUAUAUGCUCAAUGCCUUGUCAACAGUUGGGAGAUCAUUAAUUGGCAGAGGUCCUUCAAGUGAGCCGCUGGCAAAUGAAGAGGGAGGAGAAAGCAUGGGUGCACACUAGCGCAACCUGCGGAAACACAAAGCUCCAAUGAUAGAAAUAGUUUUGAGGGAAAUAUAUGAGUAGAAAUAUAGACACAGUCAAUAACAUUAUAAUUAAUUAUUUUUUUCUUUCAAAACAUGCCUCAAGUUCAAUCACAAUGUUUUUUGUUUUGGUUUAAUUGCAUAAAAGAUGUAAAUAAAAUGCAUAUCUCAAAUGGCUCAUGAGAAAUGGUUUUGAAUCAGAUUGUCUGCAGUGUCACUGCAUUAUUCUGUCCCGCAUGUGACCAGGCGUCAUCUUCUUUCACAUUCAUGGCAUCAUGCUCCAACCUGUGAGGUUUUGCUAUGCUGUGGAACAUUCAGCAGAGAACUAAAAUCUGCACCACCUAUACUGGGCUAUAUAGAAGCAGUACUCCAGGACUAUCCAGACAACGGUCUUGUGCUAUAAAGUGAUGGUGCGCUGGAAUGAUCUAGACCCAACAACAUGCAGUUCUGCAAGGAGUUUUUCCAUAGAAGAUAUGGCAUGCCUUCUAUUUCUGACCUGCUCCAAAAACUCAAAAUGAUAUUGCGGGGUAGAUGAUAUGUGUCCACUAUUUUUAUUUCUAACAGUCCGAAUAUGUGGAUGCAUGCACAGAAGAUUCUCUCUAUCCAUCGUCAUUGUACCUAUGCCUCCGUCUUGCUACAAUGCUCGCUGACAUUUAUUCGUAAUGCUUUGCCUUUUUGCAUCUGCCUUUCAAACAUGCUAAAUAUAGACGCACCAACAGCACCUGCAAUUAGUUUUAUGGUCAAUAAAUCACAUUUUGUGUGCUAAAUGAUAACAUUCACAUAUCCCCCAGUAUUUUUGCACAUUCUGAUAAUCUGCAUAUAUUCUCCAUAUUCAUGAAGAAAACAGGCUAAAUGGAUUGCAACUGCUAUGUUGCUCAUUUAACAAACGUAAUCCUUGUUGCCCCCAGAUAGGAGAUCAGCCUUGCGUGCAGUAUUUGGUUGCAUCUGUUUUUAUACAUGCAAAAUUCUAGUAGAUUAGGCCCUAUAUUUGCUAAACCCCUGCAUGUGUGCAUCACCUUGGUGACCAUUCUGAGCUAAACAGAGAAAACAUCCAUCACCUAUCAUUUUGCUUUCUGCAGACCAGGUCCAGGAGGAGCUGGCCAGGGUAAUCGGAGGCCGUGAAGUUCAAGUGGAAGACCGUAAAAACCUACCGUACACCAAUGCUGUCAUCCACGAGAUACAGAGGCUGGCUAACAUCGUCCCCAUGGCCAUCCCACACAAAACCAGUCAAGAUGUCACCUUCCAGGGAUACUUCAUCAAAGAGGGAACGACAGUGUUUCCCCUUCUUACAUAUGUUCUGUAUGAUGAGAGUGAAUGGGAGAGCCCUCACACCUUCAACCCUUCCCAUUUCUUGGAUAUGGAGGGCAAAUUCAUCAAGAGAGAUGCCUUCCUGCCAUUUUCUGCAGGUCGCAGGGUGUGUCUCGGGGAGAGUCUGGCUAAGAUGGAGCUCUUCCUCUUCUUCACCUCCCUCAUGCAGCGUUUUCAGUUCACGCCUCCACCUGGAGUGUCUGAAGAUGAGCUGGAUCUGACUCCAGCUGUGGGCUUCACCAUCCCUCCUUCUCCUCAUGAGCUUUGUGCCGUCUGUCGGCAGUGAGAAGAAGGCAUAGCAUUAUAGUUCCUGUUUAUAUCAGUGGCCUGAUGCGCUUUAACACGUUUAAACUUUGAAAUGUUCUUGCAGUAAAAGUACCCUUUUAUACAACUUUAAAUCAAACAUCAACAAUACAAGAGCAAUUUUGUAACCUCUCAUUUUUGCCAUGUACCUUGUAAUGCUUUGUGAACAAAACAUUAUCACAGUUUUGUACUAAAGGUUGUACAAUAAUGUCAAUGGAAAACAGGUAACAUGUUUCAAUUGCAUCUUCACAUUUUCCAUUUAUUCUGUCCCUCCUGAACUUAUAUAAUCAGGCUCAUGGGGAGUUAUGUAUGGGUAGGAAUAAAAGGUUACAUCAGCUGCUCUUGAACAGAAUAGACUGACAAACCCCCCACAAAAAACCCACAAAACAUAAACAAAAAAUCCUACAAGAGUAGAUGCUUGACAGAAGAAAUUCUAACCUUUAACUUGAAUUCAGAACAUGCUUUUUUCUAUAGGUCUGUGUUAAUUAUUGUGACCAUCUGUUUGCCUAAUAAAGGAAGCAGAUAAUCUAGCUGGGACAAAGUAGAAAGCUGCUCAGCCAGUUUUCUUUGUACAAACGCAUGCAAAAUGCAGAUUGAAUUUCUGUUGAUGAGACGGUGUCAAAAAGAGGGAGAGGCUGCCUAAUCCUGACUGACACCUUACACCCUUACCCUGUUCCCUCUCCUACAUUCAAAGUUAUGCCAAAAUAUGUCAUUCUUACCGUUGGCUGGAGUCAUCCAGCCCACCAGCUCUCUUAUGCAUGAAAAUUAAAAUAAUUCCAGAAUAUACUCCAAUUUAUGACAAAUUAAACCUGCAACUUGUACAGGUUUUAAACUAAUGUGCCCAUUAUUUUAGCCUGUCAAAGAGUGGAGUUAAGGAAAUCCUUAGGGAAACCUAAAAUUAUAUUCCACACUAAAACAUGACAGUAAAAAUGCAUUUUACUGAUAAAGAUUUUGGUAAAGACUAGACUUUAGUAUAACUGUGCUAUUUCUUUAAGUCAAAGAUUCACAGUGCAAAGGCCUACUUCCAUAAGUGUGCUUAGCUUAAAACUAAAACUUUCUUGAACCGCAUGUUGGUUCAAUUUCAGCAUAUGUCUUCCUUUGGGGGAAGGUUCUCUCACCAUUCCACCUCUUGGUUUGGUAAUAUUUGUCCAACCUGCCUUGUCCUGAUGACCCCAUAUGGUUUCUGUUGAAUUAGCCCUAAACCCUGUCCACACCGAUCCACAACAAAAGCCAGUCUGUUGGUGGUUUGGGGAUAUGCUUGGCAUUACUAGGAGGCAGGAAAAACAAGUUCCUCUUCAGCUUUGCCUUCUGGCAGACCCCUUAAGGUUUUCAAGUAAAAACUGAAUGGUAUUUGAAACUAUUCAGAAUUUCGUAAACCUUACACUAUGGCUUUAGCUAUAGGAUGUACAGAUCCAUUCAGUGAAUUAGAAUAUUGUUAAAAGGUUAAUUAAUUUUUGUAACUUAGCUCAUUAAAUGAAAUACAUUGUAUAGAUUAACUGCAAACUGAUGUUUUUAAACCUUUAUUUCUGUUAUUUAUGAUUUGACAUUUAAGAUUAGAACAAUUUAGACCACAGGUGUCCAAACUCUUUGACAAGGUGGCCAAAGUUGUCAGGUCAAGACUACUUAUGGGCCAAACAAAUAUGAUAAAAAAAACUACUCUGAGUUGCAAUUUUUGAAUUUAGCAAAGUUUAAUAAAUUAAUUAAAAGAAGAUUUGGGUGAACUGAUGUCUCCUUUUGAAUAAAAGUCACUGGAUGUUUUGUAUGAAAUUAAAGUGGAAAAGUGUGGUUACUAAAAGACAAAUACUGUGUUAUGUACUUUACAUUUUCCCUUGUAAGGAGAUGUUACUUGGUCAGUAAAAAUAUUGUCCUAA